AUGGACAGGGCCAGGCGGCGGUGGGUGCUGGGCCUCCUCCCCACGUGCCUCGCCCUUGCCUUCUCCCUCACUGCCCUGGGCAGCAGUCACUGGUGUGUGGGGACCCGGCGGGUGUUGAAGCCGCUGUGUCAGGAGCAGCCGGGAGAGCCACACUGCAUCCACAUCAGCCAGGACAGUGACAGUGGCCGGAGGGACAACAGCCAGGCUGUUCAGUACAUCUGGGAGAUGGGGGACGACAGGUUCACCAAGCGCAAGUUCCACGUGGGGCUCUGGCACUCCUGCGAGGAGAGCCUCAGCGGCACAGAGGAAAAGUGUAGGAGUUUCCAGAGUAUCAUACCAGCUGAAGAACAAGGUCUCUUGUGGCUGUCCAUUGGGGCUAAGGUCCUGGAUGUCCUGCUGCUGCUGACAAGUGCCAUCCUCCUGGGCUCCAGAGUGAGUGAUCACAGCUCUGGGCUUGACUGGCUCAAGGUGGAUGCCUCGGUAGCCAUCCUCAUGGUGCUCGCAGGGCUCCUAGGCAUGGUGGCCCACAUGAUGUACACAACCAUUUUUCAAAUCACUGUUAACCUUGGACCAGAAGAUUGGAGGCCUCAGACGUGGGACCAUGGCUGGUCAUAUUGGUAG